UAUCCCCUAACAUUAGCAAUGUCUCAAACAACGGCCGCGACUAUGACCAUUGUCCUCAUAACCGUGUCGCUAAUGGUGGCAACAGUAGUUAAAGGGCAAGGAGCUGCGGCCCCUCCUCCUAACGCAGGUAUGGUUUGCGGGGCGGAUUUAGGUCUUUGUGCAGCGGCACUUAUAAAAGGAGGAAAACCGUCAGCAGAAUGUUGCACAAGCCUAGACAAAGCGGUGACGACGCAGCUGAAGUGCCUCUGCGAUAUCCUUACGAACCCGCAGAUAUUGGCUGGCUUCAAUCUCACCGUCGACAAUGCUCUUCUCAUCCCUAAGAGUUGUGGAAUCGAUGCUUCAAUGUGUUCUGCCCCAAAAACACCGUUGCCGCAAGGGGUUCCACCAGUUUCAGGACCACCUAAAGAUGACAAGGGUGUUGCAACCAAACUCGCGGAAACUGGAUUGGUCGGGAUCGCCUUAAUGACGAUCUCUAUGAUGUUUUAUUAAAACUGAAUUCGUUUUGAUCAAAAAACUUCUGAGUGUCCAUUUAAGAAAUUGGCUUGGCUCCACUUGACGACCUUGUGUGUUAGUUAUUUAUGUAUUUUUUCAUACACAAGUUUGAAUUCUUGGGCUUCAAUAUUGUUGUUGUCGUCAAAUCA